ACGUGUUCCGUGUGGAAAACUGCCGCUCGUGGGGGAACUCUUCCACUCCGCGUGUGCUCUUCGGUCUGCGCGUGUUACCGGACACAAACCGACCAUCGCCUUUCGGUCCCGUUGAACACCACGCCCCCCCCCCCAGUUGAAGUCAUGCCGUCGGUUCCGUUGUCCAAAGAACCCGUUAACGGCCCCGUGUGUCCUCACGCCGCCAAGCUGCUCAACCACGCCAACGGAGACGCCAAAAAGAAGAACCCCCUGAACGGAGUGGAGAAGACCCCAGACCCAGAGGACCCCCAGGACCCCAGCCGCUCCAUCCAACUGAACGCCAAGAACGGAGGAGCCGAGAGGAAGUGGAUCCGCCCAGACCUGCCCAGCCGCUGCACCUGGAGCCUGGGGGCCUCCAAAGCAGACUCCCCCCAUACACAGGGGCCCAGGAAACCUGCCGUGCCCAUCCUUCCAAACAUCCUGCACCGGAUCGGAGACACGCCUUUGGUUCGAAUCAACAAGAUCCCAAAAGUGUUUGGACUCAAAUGUGAAAUAUUGGCUAAGUGUGAGUUCUUCAACGCUGGUGGCAGUGUGAAGGACCGCAUCAGUCUGAGGAUGGUGGAGGACGCUGAGAGGGCCGGCAUCCUGAAGCCUGGAGACACCAUCAUAGAACCCACGUCUGGAAACACAGGGAUCGGACUGGCCCUGGCUGCAGCUGUGAAGGGGUACCGCUGCAUCAUAGUGAUGCCUGAGAAGAUGAGCAUGGAGAAGGUGGACGUGUUGAGAGCUCUGGGGGCGGAGAUCGUCCGCACGCCCACCAGCGCUCGCUUUGAUUCGCCGGAGUCUCAUGUGGGCGUGGCCUGGCGCCUCAAGAAUGAGAUCCCCAACUCCCACAUCCUGGACCAGUACCGGAACCCCAGCAACCCCUUGGCCCACUACGACACCACAGCCGAGGAGAUCCUGGAGCAGUGUGACGGUAAGGUGGACAUGCUGGUGGCUGGAGCCGGUACAGGUGGAACCAUCACAGGAAUCGCCCGGAAACUGAAGGAACGCUGUCCCAACAUUAAAAUCGUGGGUGUGGAUCCAGAAGGUUCCAUCCUGGCUGAACCUGAGGAGCUAAACAAGACAGAUAAGACCCAGUAUGAGGUGGAGGGUAUCGGGUAUGACUUCAUCCCCACCGUCCUGGACAGAUCUGUCAUUGAUAUGUGGUACAAGUCCAACGACGAGGACUCCUUCAACAUGUCGAGAAUGUUGAUCAGAGACGAAGGCCUGCUCUGUGGAGGCAGCUCUGGAACCGCCAUGGCUGCAGCGGUCAACGUGGCCAAAGAGCUGAAGGAGGGUCAGCGCUGUGUGGUCAUCCUGCCGGACUCCAUCCGAAACUACAUGUCCAAGUUCCUGAGCGACAAGUGGAUGGUCCAGAAGGGUUUCCUGAGAGAGGAGGACCUGAUGGUCAAGAAGCCCUGGUAGGUUCUGGAGACAUGACACCAGUGACCGGUUCAGUAACUGACCAGUCAUCGACUACUAGGUCGACUAGUCAUCAACUAGUGGGUAAACCGGUCAACCGGUCAUCGACUACUGUGAUGACCGGUCAGCUGGUCACUUGCCCAGUAAAGGGCUAAUACCCUUCAGACACUCUUGGAGGUUUAGUCCACAGGUCCAAGGACAGGGACUGUCUCUACUGGGGAUGUGCACUUGAACUCAUCACUGUUUAGUCCACGGUCCCAGUGGAUGUCCCUGCUGCUGUCUCAAGAGUUUGACUAAGUUCACAGUAGGACAGGUGUCUAUGGUAGGACAGGUGUCUAUGGUAGGACAGGUGUUCACAGUAGGACAGGUGUCUAUGGUAGGACAGGUGUUCACGGUAGGACAGGUGUUCACAGUAGGACAGGUGUCUAUGGUAGGACAGGUGUCUAUGGUAGGACAGGUGUUCACAGUAGGACAGGUGUCUAUGGUAGGACAGGUGUCUAUGGUAGGACAGGUGUCUAUGGUAGGACAGGUGUUGACAGUAGGACAGGUGUUGACAGUAGAACAGGUGUUGACAGUAGAACAGGUGUUGACAGUAGGACAGGUGUCUAUGGUAGGUCAGGUGUUGACAGUAGAACAGGUGUUGACAGUAGAACAGGUGUUGACGGUAGGACAGGUGUUCACGGUAGGACAGGUGUUGACAGUAGAACAGGUGUUGACAGUAGAACAGGUGUUGACAGUAGGACAGGUGUUGACAGUAGAACAGGUGUUGACAGUAGGACAGGUGUCUAUGGUAGGUCAGGUGUUGACAGUAGAACAGGUGUUGACAGUAGAACAGGGGUUCACGGUAGGACAGGUGUUGACAGUAGGACAGGUGUUGACAGUAGAACAGGUGUUCACAGUAGGACAGGUGUCUAUGGUAGGUGUUGACAGUAGGACAGGUGUUGACAGUAGGACAGGUGUUCACGGUAGGACAGGUGUUCACAGUAGGACAGGUGUCUAUGGUAGGACAGGUGUUCACGGUAGGACAGGUGUUCACGGUAGGACAGGUGUUCACAGUAGGACAGGUGUCUAUGGUAGGACAGGUGUUCACGGUAGGACAGGUGUUCACGGUAGGACGGGUGUUCACAGUAGGACAGGUGUCUAUGGUAGGACAGGUGUCUAUGGUAGGACAGGUGUUCACAGUAGGACAGGUGUCUAUGGUAGGACAGGUGUUCACAGUAGGACAGGUGUCUAUGGUAGGACAGGUGUCUAUGGUAGGACAGGUGUUCACGGUAGGACAGGUGUUCACAGUAGGACAGGUGUUGACAGUAGAACAGGUGUUGACAGUAGGACAGGUGUUGACAGUAGAACAGGUGUUGACAGUAGAACAGGUGUCUAUGGUAGGUCAGGUGUUGACAGUAGAACAGGUGUUGACAGUAGAACAGGUGUUGACAGUAGAA